CUCCUUCACUGCUAUAUGUAGACCACAGCAGGUGCCUGAACCUGGCUGUUUUUGCGAAGUAGUUCUACACUCUUCUCUUCAUUCUCUCCCUUCAGACCUUCCAAAUCUGUCUUUUAAGUUUACACAUCUUCAUUCCACGUUCACAAGCCACCAUUUUCUUUCAUUCAGACUGAGAGAGAAACUCUUUACUCUGUUUCUUUCGUUUAUCUGCUUCUUGAUUCGGAGAUCUUUGAUUGUUUACGAUCUGUUCUGCUCCAGGCUUGGAAACCUUUUCUUGCCAGCAUUCGAAGGAUAAUGGCAGAGUUUCAGAACCCUGAUUUGGAAUACGUUGUUGAUGACUACUACGACAUGACCGAUUUUGAAGAAGACUCUUUUUCUGAGACCGAUCCACAGAGGAACAGUCCCUUUGAGGCUUUCGACUCGGACGUUGAAGACAACUUUGAAAUGAACAAGCCAAAGACUGAUACCUCUGCUCUGGAAGCUAGAAAUGGGAAAGAUAUACAGGGAAUUCCCUGGGAGAGGCUUAAUUUUACUAGAGAUAAGUAUCGGGAGACAAGAUUGGAACAAUACAAGAAUUAUGAGAACCUAUCGCGCCCUCGGGAAGAGCUUGAAAAGGACUGCAAGAAAAUAGAGAAGGGAAGCACCUUCUAUGAUUUUCAGUUCAACACAAGGCUUGUCAAGUCAACCAUUGUGCAUUUCCAGCUGAGGAAUUUGUUAUGGGCAACAUCGAAGCAUGAUGUAUACCUUAUGCAGAACUACUCAGUAAUGCACUGGUCCUCAUUGCUGAGGAGGGGUAAAGAAGUACUAAACGUGGCUAAACCAAUUGUUUCCACACUGAAGUGCCCAGGAUCUUUGGGGCAGUCACUCUCAAGAGUGCAGAUAAGCACUAUGACCGUUAAAGAGAACUUAAUGGUGGCAGGUGGUUUUCAGGGAGAGCUUAUUUGCAAGAAUUUGAGUCAGCCUGGGGUUGCAUUUUGUGCAAAAUUAACCACAGAUGAUAAUGCCAUCACCAAUGCGGUUGAUGUAUACCAUAACCCCAAUGGCUCGUUGAGGGUCAUGGCUGCAAACAACGACGCUGAAGUUAGGAUCUUUGAUGCUGAGAACUUCGCUUGCCUUAAUCGGUUCACCUACCCUUGGUCUGUAAAUAACACCUCUGUUAGCCCAGAUGGAAAGCUGCUAGCUGUCCUUGGUGAUAGUGCAGAGUGCUUGCUAGCUGAUGCUCAGACAGGGAAAGUUGUUGCAACCCUUAAGGGGCACUUGGACUAUUCGUUUGCUUCAGCUUGGCACCCAGAUGGACGAACAUUGGCGACUGGAAACCAGGACACAACAUGUAGACUCUGGGACAUACGGAACCUUUCCGAGUCUCAGGCGGUACUUAAGGGAAGGAUGGGAGCAAUACGAGCUGUGAGGUUCUCUUCAGAUGGUCGAUUUAUGGCUAUGGCUGAGCCUGCAGACUUUGUCCAUGUCUUUGACACGGAGUCAGGUUAUGUGAAGGGGCAGGAGAUUGAUCUUUUUGGCGAGAUUGCUGGAAUAUCCUUCAGUCCUGACACAGAAGCUCUUUUUGUUGGGAUUGCGGAUCGCACCUACGGUAGCUUAUUAGAAUUCAACAGGAGGAGGUGUAAUCAGUAUUUGGAUUCCAUUAUAUAGUGGAAUGGAAAUCUGAAGUUGGCGGCUAAAAAUUGGGAAUGAAGCAUAAUAAUUUAUUGGGUUGAGGUGGAUGUGCAUAGGUAGCAUAGGUUGGAGGCUUAGAUUUUUGGCCUGUCGGCUUAAAGGUUGUUGUUUUCCAGUUUUUUGGAUAACGGAUUACAUUUUGGCUGCCCAAGUGGAGAAAGCUAGAGGCAUUUGGGAACUCUUUUUCUUGUAAAUGUGAUUUCCUUUUCGAAUCGGAAAUGUGAGAUAAAUUUUUUCUGGUGUAAA